AAGCAGCGCAGACUCACUCACAACUCAUACAGCGCUUCAGCCUCGAACAGAGCGCGAGACAAACGGCGAACCACACACGCCUGACAUCCACUUUAACGAAGGACCUAUAAAGCUCAAGGACUAGAAGAACCUUUUUGUUCUUUUCUUUAUUCGGAGGCGACGUUAAUCAGGGAAGGAUGAUCCUUUUGCCACUCAUCGUGAUGCUCCUCGCAAGCUGCGACUUGGUGUUCUCCUCGUGCCCAGCUCAGUGCGAGUGCCCACUGGAGAUACCCAAGUGCGCACCGGGUGUCGGCCUUGUGCUUGACGGCUGCGGGUGCUGCAAAGUCUGCGCUCGUCAGCUGAACGAGGACUGCAGCCAGACAGAGCCCUGCGACCAUACCAAGGGGCUCGAGUGCAACUUUGGGGCCAGUUCAGGCGCCACCAGAGGCAUCUGCCGAGCCAAGACUGAAGGCAGACCAUGUGAAUACAACAGCAGGAUCUACCAGAAUGGAGAAAGCUUCCAGCCCAACUGUAAACACCAGUGCACAUGCAUUGAUGGAGCAGUGGGCUGCAUCCCUCUCUGCCCCCAGGAGCUGUCUUUGCCAACGCUGGGCUGUGCCAACCCCAGACUGGUCAAAAUUCCAGGCCAGUGCUGCGAGAAGUGGGUCUGCGAUGAUGCCAUGAAGCUAGAACCUUCCGACAAGCUGUUGGAAAAAGACACAAUGCUCGAUGAGACUGAAAGUGACCUCACCAACAGAAACGAGCUGGUGGCCAAUGUGAAGCAUGGACUCAAGUCCCUUGCCGCAUUUAGAGCCCAGGCUGAGUCUCACAUGUUCAGUGAGCAGAAGUGCAUUCUCCAGACCACUCCCUGGUCUCAGUGCUCCAAGUCCUGCGGCACUGGCAUCUCCACCCGAGUUACCAACAACAACUCUGAGUGCAAGCUGGUCAAGGAGAGCCGGAUUUGCGAAGUGCGUCCUUGCACCCAGUCCACUUACUCCAGCCUUAAGAAAGGAAAGAAGUGCAACAGAACCAAGAAGUCUACUCAGCCAGUGAAAUUCACCUAUGCUGGCUGCUCCAGCCUGAAGAAGUACCGACCCAAGUACUGCGGCUCAUGCGUGGACGGCCGCUGCUGCAGCCCCCAGCAGACCCGCACAGUGCGUGUUAAGUUCCGCUGCGAGGAUGGCGAGACCUUCAACAAGAACGUGAUGCUGAUUGAGACCUGCAAGUGCUCCUUCAACUGCCCCCAUGCCAACGAGGCCUCCUACCCCUUUUACCGACUCUUCAAUGACAUCCACAAGUUCAGAGACUGAAAAGGGAAUCCCGUAUCAGAAUGACGCGACGUCAGCAGUGAUGCCGGAAAUGGCCGAUCACAGCAUGGCUGGGAACUGGGUGCUUAUCCCUUUCAGCCAAUCAACUACCAUCUCGAGAUUCCCACGGAAUCAUAGACUUGCUAAUUGAGGAGUUUGAUGAAGUGCACUGUUUGCUGAGGCCUCGUCAGCGUUUUCGAUGCUUGCUCCACAGUGGAGCAGUAAUUCAGUAGCUUCGUUUCGGAGCGACUUGUAAACUCAAGCAAUUUGUAAAAAUGUAGUUGUUUAAUGUUAAAAAAUGUUUUAUGUAUAUUUUGAUUUCUAAACACAAAAUAUGACUCAACUGUAGACUCGUAUGUGUAUAUCUUCAAAUAAGCAUAUGUGCACAUACAUAAUUUAAAAAUUUGCUUAACAUUGUAGACCAUGGUUCUGUAAUGCCAACGAGUUACACCAUGUUGUGGUUUUCCGACAAAUUUGUGGUAACAUUCCUCCCUAAUGUGGACAAAUGCGUUCAUAUUGAUCGGCAGCUAUUGAAAAUCAACUCCAUCAGCGAAUUAGCAACAAAAUGAGUUGACAAAGUUUGAAUGAAUGUUUUUAAUAUUGUUAUUAAUAUUAUUUAUCAAAAGUGUAGCUACUUUAUUUGAUUAUUGUCAUACUGGAAUAAAGUGUAAAAUGAUCUAAUUUUAUAUGUUACAAAU